GGAAAGGGGCCGGCGCCGCAUGCGCGCGCACAGUCGGCGGCCGCGCGCAGCACGCUCGGGGCCCGGAUGGCGGCGGCGGCGGCGGCGGCUGGAAGCGGAACGCCCCGGGAGGAGGAGGGGCCCAGUGGGGAGACGGCGGCUCCGCAGCCCCAAGCCCCGACGAGUGUGCCCGGGGCUCGUCUCUCGAGGCUGCCUUUAGCGCGAGUGAAGGCUUUGGUGAAGGCGGACCCCGACGUGACCCUCGCGGGACAGGAAGCCAUCUUCAUUCUGGCACGAGCCGCGGAACUGUUUGUGGAGACCAUUGCAAAAGAUGCCUACUGCUGUGCUCAACAAGGAAAGAGGAAAACCCUCCAGAGGAGAGAUUUGGAUAAUGCAAUAGAAGCUGUGGAUGAAUUUGCUUUUCUGGAAGGUUACCUGAACUUCAGAAACGUGUUGUCCCUGUUUGCAAGAUCUGGUGAAAUGUAAAGGAAAACAAGUGUGAGGCUCUGCUCAGAAGCACAAGAUCAAAGCCCUUUGCUCAUAUGAUGUGCUCCAGUAUGUGAGUGAUGGUAGAUCUCCCCAGGAAUUUGGAAAUAAGCUAGGAAGAUUGCCCUCUGAAAGUGGAACCUCUAAGUCAAACAUUUCAGAGGCUGAAUUGCUCCCAGACUCAACUAGACCUGAUCAAAUAUAUGAAGAAGAAUGUGCCAGUCAGUAGAGGGCACUGGUUAGUCGUGAAAGAAGAAGGAGUUCCAGAGACAAGUUGUUAGGUAGGGUAGCUUGAACCUUAGCCAGUGUUCAGAGUCCAGUGGUCCCAUUGACCAGCUGUGUCAGCCUGUUCCAUUCAGGUUCCUUCAAACACUGCAGUCCUAUCCAACUCCCAUUGUCCAUGGGGUCACUGUGGGAUCUGGGCUCCUUCCAACUUACUGCUUUGUCAUUCCCUUCUAUAUUGUACUGUCCAAGAGAACUUCCUGUGAUGAUGGCAAAGUUCUACAUUCACGCUGUAGCCACACGUGGCUGUAAUGUGGUAGCUACCUGCAACAUGUGGCUACUGAGCAGUUGAAAUGUGGAACUAAACUUUUAAUUUUACUUUAAAAAUUUAUUUUGUUUCAAGUUUUUGUUCAAAUUAUAAUUAGUUAACACAUAGUGUAAUAUUGGUUUCAGGAGUAUACAUCUUUAAUUUUACUUCAUGUAAAUAGCCAGAAGUUUCAGCCACAGCAUCUUCUCUCUGGAACUCUUGACUGUAGAAAUGUGGGCACAAUAACAUUCCUAAGCCUCGGUGACAAUAACGGUCAUUACUCCAUAAGGAGGGUCACAGAAUAGUGCCAGUAAAGCCCUCAGCACUGUGUGGGGCACAGAGUAUUGAGUCAACAUUAGGCAUUGUUACUACAGCUUUUGCCAACCCCAGUGUCCAUCUCCAGCAAUGCUACUGAGCAGUGAAGCCCUUUCUAUUUGGAACAUCACUCGCCUAUUGUAACAAAAGCUCUAAAUAAGAAAUGCGGGCUCCUCCAAGCACACGUGAGGGAAAUACCAUAAAUGGAGACGUGUCUCCACAUCAGACACUGAGCUUCAUUAAUGAGAGUCUGCUUCCGAGAAAAAGGUUCAUUUUGACGUGCUGACAAUCUCAGGCUUCUUAGCCUGAGACAUCCUCACUGAGUUUAUUAAUGUCAAUGUGAAGGACCUCUUUGGAGAUGCCAGGGAGCUUUUACUCAAGACAGAGCCAGGGAGCUUUUACUCAAGACAGACAACAAGCCCCUUUUGCUUUCCACUCCCUAAUUGAGUCUAGUACAGUGAGUGGAGAAAGACAUGCUUUUAAAAAGGUGUCUGUGCCCAUCACUUCAUGGUGUUUUCUUGAGGCGCUGCUCAUUAGCACAUCUCUACCCUAUUAGAGAUGAUAAAUAGAGACCGACCUGGUCUCCUCUGGGCAGGGAUAGUUGUAGAAAUCAUCUAUCCUUCUCUCAGGGAUGCCACACCAGAAUGGCACAAAGCAGAGAUCAACGUUUGGCUUUUUAAAUUACACUGAAGAUAAUGAACUUACUAAAGACUCUCAGUGCAUUUUAAAGUAAUGCGUCAUUUCAGAGCAAGUAACCGAGAGACUGUAUCUCAAAACAGCGGGCAAUUGUAUUGCUUAUUUGCCUAGCUGCAAAAAGAAACUUUGUGCUUUUGGUGUUUUGAGGUAGUAAAAUACUCACCAGGUGAAUGCGGGCUGAAAAUCUUAGGGAUAAUUUCAGGGUUCCUCCUCGUGCCACUGUUGCUGUAUGGUUCAGCUAAAAACAAGAAACCAAGUUGUUUUUUCUCCUAAUUGUCAUUCUUAAUUGUGAGUGACAUGAAUCACAGUGAUUUCAUGAAGCACUUUGUAAAAGUGAAAAGAUCUGUAAGUCAGAAUGUGUGUCCUUAUAGAGAAAAAUGUCAGACAUAACCGAAUUGGGGAGAGAAAAUUCCCAAGAGCUCAUUGUCAUGGGAAACGCUCAAGCUCAGAGCAUGAGCCAUAGACUGUGGCCUAAUAGCAGACACGUGGACACAGGACAAGAGGAAACCCUAAGCUGGGGUGGCACUGGGAGACAGGAGAGGAGAGCGAAUAUACCAGCAGGUGCCAGCAGAUCGGUAUUUGUGCUAAUAAGGAUGAGUGAGGGGCACCUGGGUGGCUCCGUCGUUAAGUGUCUGCCUUCGGCUCAGGUCAUGAUCCCAGGGUCCCGGGACCGAGGCCCACAUCGGGCUCCCUGCUCAGCGGGAAGCCUGCUUCUCCCGCUCCCUCUACCCCUCCCCUCUGUUUGUGAUCUCUCUCUCUCAGAUAAAUAAAUAAAAUCUUAAAAAAAACAAAGGAUGAGUGAGGUAUUGAUGGUGGUGUGCCCUAAGGUUCACGAAUGUCGCCUACAGGGCCCCGAGUAGCUGAACAGGCCUGCCCUCAGAGAAUUUCACAAGGGGCUUCCUCUGCAUUAAGCUUCUGGAAAGGGCUGAGAUUUAUCUGAGGUUUGAUUUCAUAGGUUUAUAUAAUAGCUAGUGGUUUAGGAAUGACGGUAUAAUCAGCCCUGAGGCAAGUGCCUACUAAGGCUGGCAGGGGGAGCCAGGAGUCACAAGCUGGGAUAGAUGGAUGGAUGGUCCUCCUCCAGGUGACACUAGGAAAACCCUGCCCAGUGUUCUGGAAGGUAAGAGGAGACUUUGCAGGAGUGCUCCGCUGACAGUAAUAAUUGUCACGGCUGAUGUAAACUGGAGGGAAAAUCCUAGGACUGAUAUGCCAAAGGCCAGGUCUGACCAGCUCUCCUGCUCGGAAGCCUCAGUAACUAUUGGCCCUCAGGGUAAGGUCCGAGCUGCCGAAGCAGACUUUACAAGACCUUCACGAGGUCUUUGUGAUCCACCUUGCUUGUCUGUCUGUGCUCAUUUCUCCUCCCUGCCCUCCUUGUGCUCCAGCCACCGCAUUUCCUGAGGGAGCCGUGGGCUCUGUGGCCCGGUGGGUGCUGUUCCCUCGGCCUGCUGUACAUUGCUGCGCAUCCUCUUCUUGUUUGCUGACCCCAAGUGUAACGGCUGGGAAACGUUUCCUGGCCUCCCUCUAGGUGAUGUGGGCGCCCUUCCCUAUGGCCCCCACAGGGCUCAUCUCUCCCCAUCUUAAGACUCAUGACGCUGUGGAAUCAGUGCUUGGUGCCCUGUCCGUGUCCCCAUUAGACGGCCUGCUCCGUGAGGGGGGGGCGGGUCUGCCUGCUGCUCUGUUCUGGCCUUGGCGCCCCCACUCCGGCUGUGGUGUGAGACAGGUAAAAGAUUUAUUUGAAAAAAAUUAUGUUAAAAUAUUUAUAGUUUAAAAAAGCAGUAUGUAAAUCUAUGAUUGCUGUAAAAAAAAAAAAAAAAGACCCGUAACAACACAGAAGAUUGAUUCAAAAGUGGCAUUCCCUUUAGUCUAGCUCCACCAUUAAGCUCCCAGCCCCGUAGGUGUCCACUGUGGCCCGUUUGCUAUGCUCGCCUGCCAAUUUUGUAUGCAUGCUCAUGUUCACGCAUAUGUGAUCUUAAGGCAAAAAAGGGGAAAAAAAACAUACAAUUUAGUAUAUAUGUGACAUAUAGAAUAUAUAUAUGGACACACACACCAUUUAUGCAUGUGUGUGCGUGUGUGUGUAGUUAACAUUCUAAGUUGCA